CGGCUGCUUCUGUACCGCUUCUGUGGGAAUGGAGAUAUUUGUUACCUUGCUGUUGAUCCUAUGGAUCUUGUUUGAUGUCAACUAUUUCAUCUACGCCUUAUUGACAACUGUUUAUGGUUUCAUAAAGGGUUUGAUAUCGCCAAUUAAACUGAUGGACGAAAGCGUCACUUAUGGCCUCUGUAUGACGAAUGACAUGGACUUUCAGUGGCAUAUGAAUAAUAGCAAGUAUUUAAGAAACUGUGACUUUGCCCGGUUCAUCCAUGCGACAGAGUCCAACUUAUACCAAACUGCCAGAUGGCUCGGGGCCUCCAUGUACAUGUCCGGGAGCAACAUCCGCUACCGUAGGUCCCUGCAGUUCCUUGAUGUCUACCGCAUCCACACCAAGAUUUUGUGUUGGGACGAGAAGGCCAUCUACCUGGAGCAGAGUUUCCUCCGACAGAAGGACAGCUUUGUGUGUGCCGUGUGCAUGGUGAAGAUGGUGGUGGCCGGGUCCGACUGCAGCCCACAGAAGGUCAUUGAUGUGAUGCAGCCAGGGACAAAGUCGCCCAAGCCAUUGCCUGAAGUCAGCAAGUGGAUUGACAGCAUAGCUUUGUCCAGUGAGAGAUUACGGAAAUCUUUGUGAUCUCGGAGGAAGAAAGCUAGGCAUUCAGAACACAUUGUGAUUGUAACAUUGCAUUGUAAAUACUGUAAAUCAUGAAAUUAAUAUGAAAAGUGCAAAUGUCCCUUGUUUGCAUUAAUAAGGUGAUGCAUUUUGAUCUCGAUGUAUUGAAGGUGAGGUGAAAUGGGGUUUAACGUCGCGUCCAAGAUUAUUGCACUUAUAUAGCGACGUGCAUGCACGUGUAUGCGUGUGUGGGUGGCUGCUUGUACUAGUCCGGACUGA